AUGUACAAUUAUAUUGUCAGCGCGGCUGUGUUGGCUCAAGUGGCCGCUGCUGCAGGCAUAAACUGCACCACCGGCAACUGCCUGCAGGCUCCUGGCACGAAACUGAACCUGUCGACCACGGCGACGAUAAAUUCUUCGGACAACCCUUGUGCCCAAGUCAGCUCGGCUUGGGCCUCUCAGAAGAAAACGAAACCUACCGAGCCUCCUAGCGUCCCCGCUGCGCUCGCUCACGAGUGCCUCAACUCGAUACCUGUUGGGAAAGAGUUGGCUAUCAACCUCGUCGACUCACUCGAGCCGUACCUCGAGUGGCACAGUAAUACGCCCUUCCUCAAGGAUCCACCAAAGGAUUAUUUCUAUCCGGCCUACGAUAUGUUUGCCAACCUUGCCAGUGUUAGGGCGAACCUGGAGGCCGAUAAGUAUGCUAGCGAGUAUGCCUUUCAAAAGGACUUGUUGGAUACAGUUUUCAUGCCAGCCCACGAUGGCCAUUUCUACUUCUACCCAGAUGCAAUGGUCAAGGCUUUCCUCUUCGAGCGUGCCCGCUCUCUGGUUUCCAUUAGCGAGGACGGCCAAUCGCUGCCAGUGAUUAAGAUCUACGGUAGGGAAGUCAUCGCAGACCCUAAAACUGCCCGUACCGUGGCGAAGAUUAACGGCAUCGACGCGGCCAAGUAUGUCGAGCAUACCGUUUCCAAAUUUUCCGACCUCCAUGAUAUUGAUGCCGCCUACAACUCCAUGUUUUUCGAAAAGGCGACCUUCGCCUAUUCGGGCAUUAAAGGUGCCUUUUCAGCCGGCAGCGGUAUUGCCAGCAUCGUCUAUCAGGGUCCCAAUACUACCUUUUCCUUCACCGACGGCACCACCCUUGCUGUGGAAAACAAGGCCAAUAUUGUUGGCGAUAUGGCUGGUGUUACCGACGGUUCAUCAUUUUACCUCAAGUUCUGCGAUCCUUUUGCAUCCAGGAGACCCAAGAAAACCAAGAGUUCUGGAACGACAGGAAAGGCGACCAGUAAUGAGCACACGAAACGAGCGACCGACAACAGAGGCGCCCUUGUCCGAGGAUAUCCGCAACCUACAGUUUCAUCUCCAGAUGGUAACGUAUCCGGCUACUACCUAGCCGGGAAGGGCCUCGAGGAUGUUGCCGUUAUUUCGUUGCUUUCGUUCAAAUCCAAUGACAGGGUCCGCUUCCAAGCCAGCGUUCGAGAGUUUUUCCGCCAAUCUGUGGCCGCUGGCAAAACUAAGCUCGUCAUUGACUUACAGGGGAACGAUGGCGGGUUUUCCUUCUUGGGCUAUGACUUCUUCCGCCAGCUAUUCCCCGACGUGGAGCCGGACGGCUUUUCGCGUUUCAAGAACAGUAAAGGGUUCGUCGCCAUGUCACGCGUCAUCAGCGAUGCCGUCAAGGACAUAAACCCUUUUACUAGCGAUGACGUCAACCUUGUAGACUUCUCCCAGAUUGCAUUCAACUACCGCUACGACCUCAACGUACAUAACAAGCCGUUCCGGUCGUUUGAGGAAAAGUUUGGGCCACACAUGAUCAGGGAUACGCCCUACACUAGCCUAAUGCGUUGGAACUUGACCGAUCCCAUCAGGACUACGAACGCUUCUAUGGGCGCUGGUAUUCAGAUCUCGGGAUACGGGAAGCUUGCUAACCUCUCUGCACCCUUCAAGCCGGAAAAUAUCGUCCUAUUGUAUGACGGUGCUUGCGCCUCUACCUGCACUCUGGCCUCCGAGAUGUUGCGCAUCCAAGGUGGUGUAAAGUCGGUCGCUUUUGGUGGCCGUCCGCGUGAGGGGGCUAUCCAGGGCGUUGGCGGUACGAAGGGCGCCCAGACCUUGGACUUUGAAAAUAUGGCUGUGAACAUUUAUCGCGCUUCUCAACUCACGAAAGACUCGAAACUGAAAGCCGAGCUAAACCGCUAUAAUAUACUACCACAACUACGAUCUGGAGGUACUGGCAUUAACUCGCGAGACCAGCUUCUGCGAGACAACAUCGAGGACGGUGUUCCUGCGCAAUUUGUCAGAGAGAACGCUGACUGCCGGCUAUACUGGACUGCACCUAUGAUAACUGAUGUCGGCGAGGUCUGGAAAGCGGCCGCCCAUGCCGCGUUUAACGGCGGAAGGUGCGCAUAUGGUGGUAUCGCGUCCAGGGCUUCGAGUGUUAGGUCUGCCGGUUCCUCCAGGACUUCGAGUUCUAGGUCUGCUGGUUCCAUCAAAUUUCGCAGAGCCUCACGAUUCUCGCAGCACUAA